GAAAUCCUCCCUUGAUCUGCAAAAAUCCUGACCAUUGGUCUAUUUGUUUCACAUUAAUUCAGAAUCAUGACAGUAUCUACAGCUCAAAAUCUCACUCACACCACUCAAACCACCGUCUACCUUCCCAAUAUACUGUUAGAUGAGUUAAACUAUCCUAUCUGGUUGUUCAGGAUGGAAUCAUUCCUCCGGGGCCAAAACCUUUUUGGAUUUGUGGAUGGCUCUACUCCUUGUCCACCUCAGUUUGUUUCAUCCACGGAUGGCUCCACAACCACUACCUCAGCUGAUUACAUAGCAUGGAAGACACAGGAUCAGAGUAUAGUCAAUAUGAUUGGUCAAACUCUCAGUGCUGUUGCUAUGAAUUGUGCUGUGGGAAGCAAGUCUACUCAAGACUUAUAGCUGAGGUUGAAACUGAAAUUUGCUGAUGCUAAUAAGCAAAAUAUCUUGCAGUUGAAAUCUAAUAUGCAGAAUGUAAAGAAAGGCUCAGAUGACAUUGAGACAUACCUUGAUAAGAUAAAGGCAGCUAAAGAUGCACUUGAAACUGUUGGUGUAGUUAUUGAUGAUGAAGAUAUUGUAGUAACUGUGCUUAAUGGUCUCCCAUCAGAGUUUGCAGCUAUUAAAACUGUUAUAAGAGCUCAAUUCACCUGUGCUCCUUUGAGUCAACUUAAGACUCUCCUUAAAGCUGCUGAAAUGGACAUAAGCAAUGAAGUUCUUGGCAUUCAGAGUCUACUCACUGCUAUGCUUGCAAACUGCAAUCUAGCUGCCCUCAACGCUCAAACUCAAGUUGCUUCCACAGCUGCUGCUCAAUCAUCAUGCAACAGUUCCACAAUUUCUGCCUCUAGUCAACCUAUACAGCUUCCAGUCAUAACUUCAAUCAUGCAAGCUCAGACUCAAGUACCUUUGCAGAAUCCAACUGUGCAACCUUCUGUGUCUAAUGCUGCUUCUACAAGUUACACCACUCAGAGUUUCCAUUCCCCUGCUCCUACUAUUCCACCUGGUUUUUCCUCUCCAAACAUGCCUGCCUAUCCAUUAUCCACACAGACUACUUAUGUUUCUAUUCCUGCCAUGCCAUAUGGGUUCACAUCCAUCCCUUCAUUUCCAAUGUUCAGUCCACCUACUGCAUUUGCUAGUUUUUAUGCUGGUCGAGGUAAUGGCAGACCUAACAACAAUGGUGGCAGAGGCAAUGGUAACAACUUUGGUGGAAGGGCAAUUUCACAAAUGGCGGCUUUAACCAGAAUGGUGGAUUCAGGAACAAUGUUACUGCUAGCAAUUCUAUCACCUGUCAAUGGUGCAAUAAAGUUGGCCAUAGUGCCAAAACAUGCAGGUCUCUUCCAAAUAUCCAUCAAGGAAACAAUGUGGUGAAUCAAGGAGGAUGUCAAUACUGUGGUAAACCUGGUCAUACUGCAGAUAAAUGCUAUUUCAUCAUUGGAUUUCCUGGACAACAAAAUGAUCCUGACAAUGAAAAUGCCACUGCCACUACAAUGCUUGCUGCAACCAACCUUGCACCACAGUAUUGGCUUGCUGACACAGGAGCAACAAAUCACAUGACCAAUAAUUUGUAGCUCCUGAACAACAUCACUCCUUAUCUAGUUAAUGAUGGUGUGCAGAUUGGUAAUCGACAAGGUGCAGGGCAAAAUUUUGUAUCAGGGACUGAGUAAGCAAGGGUUAUAUCCUAUACCAUUUGAUCUGCCUUUAAUCAUUACACCUACAGUAUCAUCUACACAAUCAGUUCCCAGUAAUUCUCAUCUACAGAAUAAGGUUCCAACUGAUCCUUAUCACUCAGCUUAUCUUGGCCAGAAAGUCAAAAAUUCACUAUGGCAUCAGAGGUUUGGUCACCCCACCAAUGAUGUGAUCAAGAUCAUGCUUGAGAAGAAUAACAUAGCACAUUCUGUUGAUAGUAAUAGUGUAAUCUGUGAACCAUGUUUGUUAGGUAAGUUUCACAAAUUUCCAUUCCUUAGUUCACAUUCUAGAAGCAGUAUACCUUUUGAGCUUGUACAUUCAGAUGUUUGGGGUCCUGCUCCACAUCUCUCUCUAGAUGGAUACAGAUAUUUUGUUUUGUUCAUUGAUGACUGUACAAGAUUCACUUGG